UUCACAAUCAAAUUGUAAGUGGCAUCACUUCAUUGUGCUUUCAGCAGGUGUCCAUGGCAUGGCUCUGGGGUGCGAGCUGCCGCUUUACAGUCGCUGGCCGAGAGGUCAUCCAAGAAAGUCUUAUUGCAGAUGGCGGCUUUGCCUACGUGUACAGGGGCCGCGAUGCCCAGACUGGAGAAGCCCUCGCCAUCCGUCGGGCGCUGCUGCAGGAUGCAGAGGCGCACCAGGCCGCGCAACUGGAGAUGACGCUUUUGCUACGCUUGCCACACCAUGACCACGUCGUCCGCUUUCUCGGCGCAGACGUUGUGGAAGGAACAGGCGCCCCAGGCCCGUCCAAGACGCAGGCGGUGUCGCUUUUCGAGCUGUGCACCGGCGGCACGCUGUUUGCAAGGGUGGAAGCUGUAGUAGAGAGAGCACGUGCAGGACCGCACAUGCGGUACUGCUGUCCGUGCCUGCCAGAGGCAGAAGCACUUGCUGCGUUAAGCGGCACUGCUUCUGCCUUACAUCAUUUGCAUGCGCACAGAAUAAUUCACUACGACGUCAAGAGCGAGAAUCUAAUGCUAGGCUCUGAUGGGCGUUGGAAGCUUGGAGACUUCGGUUCCGCAAGUGGGGACCUCCAGGUUUUAGAUGCCAAAAGGCCAGUGGUUGCUCGUCGCCUUCGAGGCGAACGAAGCUUCGAUUUGCAGGGUGCACCUCGGAAGCUCCUCCUUGAGGCCGAGGCGUUUGUGCACGGCCGAUGCACGCCGAUUUUCCGCGCACCAGAGGUUGCUGAUGUCCAUCUGAGAUGGCCAAUCGGCCCCAAAGCGGACAUGUUUUCUUUGGGCUGUGUCCUUUUUGCUUGCCUCACGGGCAUCCAUCCCUUCCCCAUGGACUCCGCCCUGGCAAACAUCCAGGCCAAAUAUCACCUGCCUCCAGAAUCAGACGCAUAUUCUGAGGUCAUCCUCAGGUGGCUACGGCAGCUUCUUCAACGCGAGCCUCAACACCGACCUGAUGCAACUACGCUGGCCCGUCAGGUGGAGGCCUUUGUUUCUGGAGGAAGCGUGCCGGCGGAGAAGGUGGACGUGGAAGCUGCGGUUGUGGAAGAUUGGGUUGCCGACUUCAGCCAGCUCCCAAGCGCUGACUUAGCUGUGGAGGUAGGGCUGAUUGACGUGCCAUACUGCGAUCGAGAAGGUGCUGCCUCGAUCGCGUGCGAGACGAGCAAGUCGGAGAGGCCUGCUGAGGCCUUGCCUGGGAAGCAGGAGCGCAGCUCGACGCCGGCUCCAACAGAUGUGCCAGUCAGCCCAAGGCCGGAACCGGAAAACAAUGGCACGCUGCCUCAUUCCGAGGUGCCGCAAGUCACAGACGCAGAGUGUGACGCUGGAGACAUUCCUGAUGAUGAAGCAUCGCAUCCCAUUCCUCGAGUGUCCAACUCUGGCCUGGCGCGCGAGGUGCAAACAGAGGCUCGUGUCAAAGUCCCUCGCAAGAGGAGGCCGGUUCCUUGCCUGUGCGCUUCUAUACGCACGCGUGACUGAGCUGGCAAGUAGGAGUGCCGGCAAGGAGCUCGCAAGAAAGCGAGGCUGAGUGACCCCGCAUGUACAGAUCAUCUAUGGAUUGUUUCGAAACCGAUACGAGGGAAGAGAGAGAUCG